GCGUCCCCGCCACCCUCAGCGGCCGUCCCCGUCGCCAGCCCCGCCACCCUGCGCGUCCCUGUUGCCGCGCGCUCCCGCUUUCCCGCGACCCCUGAGCUCCUGCUCGCUCGCUUGCCUGUCCCUUGCCUCUGUCGCCGCCACUGCGGGGCCAUGGCGACCUGCUUUCUGCUGCGGAGUUUCUGGGCCGCUCGUCCGGCGCUGCCGCCUUCCGGCCGCUGCCGCCGCCCGGCGCCCGCGGGAACCCAGCGUCGCAGCUACGCCCGCGGCCCCGCUGGCCUCCCCGCCGACCUACUCCGCGGGGACAGCUUCGUGGGAGGCCGCUGGCUCCCGGCCCCCGCCACCUUCCCGGUACACGACCCGGCCAACGGCGCCACACUGGGCACCGUGGCCGACUGCGGGGCGCCCGAGGCCCGCGCAGCCGUGCGCGCCGCCUACGAUGCCUUCUGCUGCUGGAAAGGGGUCUCUGUCAAGGAGAGGAGUUUGCUACUUCGUAAAUGGUACGACUUAAUGAUGCAAAAUAAGGACGACCUUGCCAAGAUCAUAACAGCCGAGAGUGGAAAGCCGCUGAAAGAGGCCCAGGGAGAAAUUCUGUAUUCUGCCAGUUUCCUGGAAUGGUUCUCAGAGGAAGCCCGUCGUGUUUAUGGGGAUAUCAUCUACACCUCUGCCAAGGAUAAACGGGCGCUGGUCCUCAAGCAGCCCAUUGGUGUGGCUGCAAUCAUCACUCCGUGGAAUUUUCCUAGUGCCAUGAUCACCCGGAAAGUGGGGGCCGCCCUAGCAGCUGGCUGCACUGUGGUGGUGAAACCUGCUGAAGACACACCCUACUCUGCCCUGGCCUUGGCGCAGCUUGCAAACCAGGCAGGAAUUCCUCCAGGGGUCUAUAAUGUCCUUCCCUGCUCUAGAACCAAGGCCAAGGAAGUGGGAGAGGCACUAUGUACCGAUCCGCUAGUGUCCAAAAUUUCCUUUACUGGCUCAACAGCAACAGGAAAGGUCCUGCUGCACCAUGCAGCAAAUUCUGUGAAACGUGUCUCCAUGGAGCUGGGCGGCCUCGCCCCAUUCAUUGUCUUCGACAGUGCCAAUGUGGACCAGGCUGUGGCGGGAGCCAUGGCAUCUAAGUUUAGGAAUGCUGGCCAGACUUGUGUUUGCGCAAACAGAUUCUUGGUACAACGGGGCAUCUACGAUUCCUUUGUGAAGAAGUUUGCAGAAGCAAUGCAGGAAAGCCUGCGUGUGGGUAACGGAUUCGAGGAAGGAAUAACUCAGGGCCCAUUAAUUAAUGAGAAAGCAGUAGAAAAGGUAGAGAAGCAUGUGAAAGACGCGGUUGGCAAAGGGGCCACCGUUGUGACAGGCGGGAAGCGACACCCAAGCGGGGGAAAUUUCUUCGAGCCCACCUUGCUCAGCAAUGUCACCAGGGACAUGCUCUGCAUCACUGAAGAGACCUUCGGGCCGCUGGCGCCGGUUCUCAAGUUUGACAAAGAAGAAGAGGCCGUUGCCAUCGCAAAUGCAGCUGAUGUUGGAUUAGCAGGGUACUUUUACUCUCAAGACCCAGCCCAGAUCUGGAGAGUGGCAGAGCAGCUGGAGGUGGGCAUGGUCGGUGUGAAUGACGGACUGAUCUCUUCAGUGGAGUGUCCCUUCGGUGGGGUGAAGCAGUCUGGCCUUGGGCGAGAAGGGUCCAAGUACGGCAUUGAGGAGUAUCUAGAGGUCAAGUAUGUGUGCUAUGGAGGCUUGUAGGGCUCUUCACUUCUCCAAAAAAAUAAUAAAACCACCUAGAUCCGUAGGGACCUGCCAUCCGCUUUUUAAAAUAAACAAGUAGGUUAUCAGAGUUAUGAAUUUUAAAAAAAAAAUUCAGCCAGUCCUCAUCAUCUUAGAUGUAAAUUCUCAUCCUGCCCAUAUAUAACUAGGGACCAAUGGAUGCCAUAUACCUGUGCUGUGGGCUCCAGCACAACCCCACUGCCUUGGGACAAGGUGCAGUGUGCGUGCUCACGAGUCCCUGCCCCUCACAAAGUGUAGUCACUGUGUGGGCAGUGGCUCCGCCGUCCCCAGGCAACUGCCCAGCUUGGGCCCAGAAGGCUGGGAAGGAAAUGCUGGGUGAUAGACAUUUGAACUGGGGUGGUUCACAUCCGGGCCUGGGCAUCUGUCGGCUUGGGGUGUGACAAAGGCUUUGAUUUCCUAAGACUUCUUUCUAAAUGGCACACGAUUGUCUGUACUAUAUGGAAUGAGGGGGUGUUUCUCUUUGUUUCUGGGCAGCUCUUCUUUCUUUUUUUUUCUUUUGUGAGAUAGGGUUUCUCUGUGUAACCCUGGCUAUCCUGGAACUUGCUCUGUAGACCAAGCUGGCCCUGAACUCAGAGGUCCACCUGCCUCUGUUUCCUGAGUGCUGAGAUUUAAGGCAUUAAUCACCACCACCCAGCUCUGGGCUGUUUUAUCUUUGUUUUUAGUUGCUGGGAGCAGGAUUUGUUUGGUUUUGUUCCAUUUUGGUUCAUCUUCAUUUGGUUUGGUUUGACGAGACAGGGUCUUGCUAAGUAGCCUAGGCUGGCUUCAUACAAUUCUCCUGUUUCAGCCUCCCAAGUGCUGGGAGGCUUCCUCUACCACCCCUGGGUAAAUGGAAGUCUCCAUUGCCCUAAACUUACAGCUUAUGCUUCAUUUUAUUUCUCUUGGAAAAUCAAACCGAGCCGGGGGCAAAAAAAAAAAAAAAUCAUCAGAGGUGGUUUUGGUGGGAUGAAAAGCAUGGCUUUUGUUUCUUCUCCAGUGCUGGGUGUUGAAGCAAUGGCCUCAUGCAAGCCAGCACUGAACUCUUGUCCCUAGUGGGGGUUUUUGUUUGUUUGUUUUUAUUUUGUUUUCACUUUAAUACUUGAGAACAGGGUCUUGGUUUGUUACCCAGGCUAGCCUUGAGCUUUUUAUUGAACUGCCCCAGUUUCCUGACAGGCCUGCACUGUGCAGUUCUGCUGCCUGGGUGUGCUGUAUAGGACACCAUGUUCGGCUUAAAGGACAUUGUGAGCCUGAACUUGCAGUUUAAGCACAGGAACCCUUUGGAUUAUGAGCAGCACCGCCCACCUUGAGCUCGGGUGGUGGCUUUGUUGAGGGAGGAAACCAGUUGCCCACCUGAUGACCUGCCUACAUCUGCGCCAGGUUUUCUGUGCCUGGGUACAGCUGCUGCUAAACUUCCAGAAGAGCAAAGCACUUUCAUCACUGUGAAAAACGAUGCCCACAAUUGCCAGUCUCCUGUGGAAGAGAGCUGAAGCCAUGACUCCCAGGCACCUUUGCCCUGGUAAAAGCAUUUAUGGUUCAUGAUUCAAAAACAACACACACACACACCUUUAGUGGGUAAAGGCUUUGCUAGACAAGCCUACCUACCUGAGUUCCAUCUCUGAAGCCUGUGUAAAGAUGGGAAGAGAGACCAACUCCACACAACUCCACACAGUUGUCCUCUGACCUCAACAAGUACAUCAGAGGCAUGCACACACACAAAUUAACCACACACACACACACCAAACACACACCAAAACUCCCUGUAACUGGUGUUGGUCUCUCUUUGAAAUGAUUUAAACGACAAAAAGUCUCGGUUCUUGUAGACAUCCAUCUAAAACCUGUUUAUUCCCAAUAGGCAGUAUUGGAGGUCCCUGCUCCUUGCCCCUCUCUGUGUAGAGAGCCCACUCACAUUCUGUGGAUGCUCUGAGAUGCUAAUGUGGAUGAUAGCAGAGCUAGCUGCAGUGACUCCUAAACACACCAAGUCCCAAGCCACUGGGAGCUUCCCCAUGCUCAAGAAGUAGAAAGUGCCUCUUAGGAGCCCACACAAGUGGCGAGAGUCACACAGCAUGUUCAGUCUGUUUGUCCUCCUCCUGUGUAGGAUGUAGUUGGUUUCUAUCACAUCACCUAGCUAAAAUUUUUUAAUAUAUGUGGGUGUUUUGCCUGCACUGGACGUCUGUGCACAUGCAUGCUGGUGCCCUCAGAGGUCAGAUCACCUAGAACUGGAGUUACAGAUGGGUGUAAGCCACCAUGUGGGUGCUGGGAAGUGAACCCCAGCCCUCUGAAAGAGCAGUCCUAACAUUUCUAAUUUCUAAAGGUUCGUGUCCACUGUUUUUCAGUUAAUCCAAAUGCUCGGCUGCCAGUUUGUAGACAAUGGGCCCACAUGCUGAGCUAGGAAUAGGGAGUAACUUCAAACACACUGUAAACAGGGUCAGUCGUGGGUUUUGGGGCUGUGUGGCAAAUUUUUAUGUUUUUGUGCAUAUAUGACUCACUGGGUAUAUCACUGGCACACACAUUUGUUUCAACAAAUGUAAUCAAUUUUUGUAAUUAAAAUAUUGGGAGCGGGGACUGGUGGUAAAGUCUGUAUUAGCAUGCUGGAGGCUCUGGAACUAAUCAUCACCACUGAAAAUAAGUGAAUGAAAGAAGUUCUUAGAAUGGUUUGGGGUUGCGGGAAGACAAUAUUUUGGGGAUAUAUAUAUAUAUAUAUAUAUAUAUAUAUAUAUAUAUUUAAACAGGAGCUCUUGUUGUCUCCUGGGCUCAAAUGGCCCUCCUGCCUUAGUCUCUCAAAUAGCUGCGACUAUAGGCAUGUCACCAAAUCAGUCAGUUUUUUGUUUUUUUAAUUUUUAGUGGUUUCCAUUGAGUUUGGAUUCAUGCAGUUCAAGCUCUCCUUGAAACACUUGCCCCUACUUUUUGUGCUGGAAUUACACACCCACAUAUAUACUAGCCAGCUAAGAAGUGUUUCUGAAUGAACCUUUGUCAUUGUUCACUAAGAUGUGUGACAGGUGGAAUUUUGAAGAUGGAUCUACAGGCAUGUAAGGACAAGUGUUGAUGAAGCACAACCUGUGAGCCAAAUCCUACCGCCACCUGCUUUUGUGUAACUCGUGAGUUUAAAGUAUUUGAUAUAUCCAGAUGGACUGGGGUGGGUGAGAGCUAGUUCAUGGAAUUCCAGUGUCUGUGGAUGAACACAGCCACAGUGCCCUGUGCCUGAGUAGCUUUGCUGAGACAGUGUGGCCUGCGGAACCGGAAGGAUUUACUGCAAAGCUGCAAAAGUUUACAACCCUCAUCUCUACCAAGAGGGAGACACUGGCCUCUGUGUUUGUGAGACAUUAUUCCAUUCUAUUGAAAGCCUCCUGUGAAGAAGGCACAUUUCCUGGGCAUCUGUUACCAGUUCUUGGCAGUAAUCAUCAGAUGACUCAAAGGACAUUCGCCUGAUAAUCCUGUCCCCUUGAAAAGCACUUACUUCCUCCAGUUCGUGGGGCCUACUGAAAGUGCCAAAGUCCAUCUGUGUCUUUGUCCAUUCGAGGGGCUUUUAAACACAACCCAUAGAAAGCGCUUGUUUCUCUUCUGUAUCUUUGUUCUUGGGGACUCAGAGAAAAUAAAGAUCAGACGCACAAUGUAAACAAGCCUAUUUGGUGAUGUCAUAACCUUCAAAUUGGGUCCCUUGAGCUUGCCUCUCUGGAGGCUGGGUCCCAGUGUUUUAAUUACCCCCAUAUGCAGCUAUUUAAAAACAGAAUUUUACUUGAAUAAUACUUAAAACUGUGAUUGUUUUAUGCCAUACUUUGUGAGAAAAACCUUAGGAAUUGAUGAGAAAUAUUUUGCUCUGUAAACAUGCAUAUGGUGACUCAUUUUUCUAGUGUUUGACAUUGGUCAACAGAGUUGAAUCUCUUAAUAAAUGUUGAACUAACAAGA